UCUGCGUUGCCUUGACUUUUUGCAGCAGGAAGGUCUGUUUGAGUGAUGCAGCUUUCUCCUCUUUCAGCUCCAAGCUGUUCUGGUCGUGGUGACUCCGUCUCUGCCACUUUAGCUCCGACCGGACAUGGGGAUGGGCACGAUGAAGCUUCGGAGGCCCUCAUCAAGAAGGCAGCCUGCGCAAGGAAGACGGCAAGGGAUUGCAGUCUGACCAGCGCAGCUGGUGGGCUGCCAGCAGGGAAGCGAUGAAGCUGAAUGAGCGAAGUGUGGCGCACUAUGCCACCUGUGACUCGCCUGCCGACCACGCUGGCUUCCUCCGCAAGCGCGUGGAGCGGCACCACCACCAUGCCCACCACACCACCUCCUACCAGCGCCGCUGGUUCGUCCUCAAGGGCAACCUCCUCUUCUACUUCGAGGAUAAGGAAAGCCGGGAGCCCAUGGGCCUGGUGGUGCUGGAGGGCUGCACCGUGGAGCUGUGUGAGGCUGCCGAGGAGUUCGCCUUUGCCAUCCGCUUCGAUGAUGCAGGUGCCAAGGCCUACGUGCUGGUGGCCGACGGGCAGGCUGCCAUGGAGGCCUGGGUGAAGGCGCUUUCACGGGCCAGCUUUGAUUACAUGCGGCUGGUGGUGAGGGAGCUAGAGAAGCAGCUGGAGGAGGCCUGCAACAGCUUGGCUGCUUGCCGCAAGUCGCCCAGGAGGUCGUCCUCGGGCAGGAAGAGGCACCUCUCCAAUCCUGCCUUUCCGCGCCGGCGCUCGGCCGCCGGCAGCGCAGUGGGGUCCCCCGCGCCUGGCCUCUCACUGGCUUUGCAGGAGAGCCCGGUGUCUCCAGAGACGGCCUGCUUUUCGAAGCUGCACAACUGGUACGGGCAGGAGAUUGCAGUGCUGAGACGGGAAUGGCUGGAGAGGCAGCAGAGAGGAAACCUGUGGCAUGGGGCGCGGAAACAGAGGGCCCAAACCCCCGCCCAGUGCUAA